AUGGAACGUCGUACUGUCGAAGCUUCACUUUUCGAGAAACUCAAAAAUGGUCGCACUGGGUUCCCUCAAAAUGUGAGAGGAUUUCAGGAACUCGUCUACUCGUUUAUUUUUGCAAUACUAAGCGUGAUAUGUGUAUGGUUGUCAUUUGGCUUCGCCAAUCGACAUCUCGGUGGUACAUCGGCCGGCUACAUUGCAGCUGGUGUGAGCGAUCAGAAAGCCGACAACAAUAUAGGUCGAGAACCCAUUCAAGAUGCGAGUAAGUCCACGAUGUCUUUCGUAAAUCUCCGGGAUCAAAUUGAACACUCCGACAACGUGUUCCUCAAGAUGCCACACAUUUUCAAGCCCCUCCAAGUGCUGAACGCCAUCAUUCUUGCAAUCUGUGUUGGCUCAACGGCUGGAUCGGAAAACGGCGUUUUGUGGUUUGUCAUAAUCACUUCUAUGUUGAUCUCAAUAGCUGCUACCGUACUUCUGGCGCUGGGCCUACAGGACUCGAUUAUGGACAGCAUUUCGAACGGUAGUGUACCAUGGAACGUUGUAGAACUCGUCUACUCGUUUAUUUUUGCAAUACUAAGCGUGAUAUGUGUAUGGUUGUCAUUUGGCUUCGCCAAUCGACAUCUCGGUGGUACAUCGGCCGGCUACAUUGCAGCUGGUUUGUUCUCGAUCGUACAUGCUUCACUCUAUUCCGUUCCGUGUGCGAUCAUCUACGACUCUGUACAUAGCAAUGGACUUGAGCAAAGCCCGGUCAGCAACAUCCAGCCUGCACAUCCGUUUCGUGAUGCCCCCUACCAAGAUCUUUGA